AUGGACAGAAAAGAAAACAAAGCAUUUACCACUGAUAAAGCAAAUAAUCUGUCUACGCAUCAGAAAUUUGAUCAACUAAUAGAUGAAUACUACUCCAACUUAAAAGAUGAAAAAACAGAAAUAAAAGUUGAGAUAAAUACUAAAACAGGAGAUCACGUAUUCAAGUCGGUGGAAAGAAAUAAAGCUGAUUACGCGAGAUUUGAUGAGAACGAUGAGCCACCUAUCUUCUCCGAUUUAGUUGAAAAUGAGAAGAAAUUCGGAACAGUAAAGAUCAUCAACCCCUUGCCCAAAGUUGAAAGAAGAGAUGAACUAAAAGAUAGCUACAUGCAUUGGCUGAAAACAGAAAAGUUAAUGAGACCAAAUGAACGAAGGCUCGAACAUGAGCACAUGCAACAAAAAUACUUGGAAACCUUAAAAUUAUCGGAAGACAUAAAAAAAGACGUAAAGCUCGCAAGAGUAAUAAAAUCGCAUUAUCCUAGAGGAAUAGUUGGUGUUGAUUCCAUAUACAGUGAAAACACUGUGUUGUAUAAGGAGAAAUACGACGAAAUGACGAAUAAACGAGAAAUUAAAGAGAGGAAAUUAAAAGAAAGAGGAGAAGUUCUAGAAAAGUAUAACAAUAAAAAUGGCAACUUCCUAACUUUUGAAACGGAAAAUAAAUAA